AUGGCUCAACCAACCACUCACAUUAUUCAUGGCGGCAAGCAAUCCGAUCCUACCAAUACUUGGACACCCUUUGAGUGGGAGGAGCCUAAGCUGGGCAAACAAGUCCACGGCGAGGUGACCAUUGCCCGCACGUUUGGAACUUCUGGUAACCUCUCAUCUGGCUUUUGGAGGACCAGCGCCACAUCCCCCGGGGCCAGCAACGACGGCUCCCACAACCUCACCUACUCUUCUCCCCUUGGCGACGAGACCGCAUGUGUUAUUGACGGGUCUGCCACCUUGACUGUCGUCUCAACUGGUACCAAGUACAAAGUUGGUCCUGGAUCAAUCAUCAGCUCUCCCAAGGGACUCGAGGUGUCCUGGGAGAUCGAUGCCCCCUUUUUCAAAAAGUACUGGUGCAUCUGGAACGGCACCGACGCUGCUGCCAACCCGCCAACUGACCUCAAGAUCGGCAACAUCAGCGACAGUCCCGAAUGGGUCGACUACAACUUCACUGAGCCCAAGGAGGGAGACCUCGUUGCUGGCGAGUUAUACUUCAUUCGCAACGGAGGAUCGACUGGAACAAUGCUCAGCGGAGUUUGGCGAUCCGGAAAGGGAAUUUCAGCCUCUGACCUAGAUGCCGAAGGUACAAUGACGACACCUUAUACUGGAGUCCUUGGAGACGAAACGAUUCUCCUCCUUGAGGGUGAAGUGGAUGUUAUCGAGACGGAGAGCGGAAAGAAGCACAGUUUUCAGGCAGGAGAUGCAAUUGGCUUGACCUCGGGUAUGCAUAUUACGUGGGUCUCCAAGGGUCCCUUUUCAAAGAAGUUAUGGGUUAUUACUCGGGACGUUGUUGAGUAA